AUGAUGCUGCAGCUCAGUGGAUUCUGGAAAGACGGCAAAGAAAGAAGGGAAGCUGGAAGCUUGGAGCAGGAGGAGCCCCAGGAGCCCCAGCAAGAGACGCCGCAGCUGGUGGCGGCCAGAAUAAUUCAGAGGGCCUGGAGAAGAUAUCUGUGCCGACAGGUCUUCAAGUGUUUCAAAGUGCUGAUCAGCCAAUGUAACCAGCAGGAUCCUCAGACGGUCCUCAGAGCCGUCAACCCUCGAGAGGCUGAGCUGCUGGAUGCCGCCGCUGGGGUGUUUAUCAGAUUUCGACUCGGAGGGAUCACCUUUCCUCCACAAAUCUAUUACAAGAUCUUCACCUAUCGGCCCAUCGCGGACUUGUGCGCCAGCAGUCCGAGGGAUUACACCAAGCUGGGCUGUAAGAAGCGUGUGGUCCUGCAGGCCGACGGUGGCUGGCCUCUUAACGAGGAGGACCGGUCAGGGUGGUACCAGCGGGUGGAGAACAACACCUGGAGGCUGUUCUGUAGCAAGUCGGUUUGCAUCGAUAAGAGCACUGAGAUCGGCGCCAACAAAACAAUGGACUUUCAUUACUCUAAGCUCCAGCGGAGGAAAGAUGUAGAGAAGUGGAGGAAAAGAAGGAAGGUUAAAUGGCUGAAGAAGAUGUAUAAGCAGGGCCGGCUGGACGACCAUUCACAGCACUCGGUGAAGAAUUCGGCUCCGGAUGCGAUGAAAGCCGCUGAAGAAAUAUCAGAUGAUGAAAUCCUGAACUGGGAGGUGGACGAGCUCCUGGCCUGGACCAACACGCUGAACUUUGAUGAUUACAUCGAGGAGUGGAGUCAGCUGGCCUGCAGUCACUCCUCUGAGCUGAGCAACGCUGUUCCUUCAUGUCCACUCUGGGUAAAUCCACAUAAGUUACCUGAUGAGUAAAGUUAGAUGGAUUCAAACUGAAGGUGGCACAUAAACCAGGGUAGUAAUAAACUAUCAUACCAAGGAGCUGCAUUUUUUUUUUUGGUCAAGCAAUCACGUUGCCACUUUAAAAUAAUACCAG